GCUACGUCAGCUGGGUGGGGCUGACAGUCAGAGAAAUUCCUGACACGGAAUAUGUGAAAAAUAUAAACAUGUUCAUAGAAUAAACAAAGUAAUUGCUUGUGCAACCAGCGGGGAAACAUGCUAAAAAUCUUCAAAAAGUCAGGUCGCAGAAGAGAUCAGCAUAAGUCACCAGCGGAGGAGAUUCCCCGGGAUGUCGAUGGCCAGAGGAGGAGACACAGUGCUGGAGGGAGCACUGCAUCAACUGCCACCUUGGCAGCCUCAGAGGAAGCCUGCGAAGGCAGAGAUGAUGAUGGGGAGAAUUCACGAUCGAGGCUGUCGAAGAAUUUACUGGAGAUCCUGUCGGAGAAGAGUAGUCUAUGCUACUUUGUGCAGUUCCUGGAGGAGCGCAAAGGAUUGCCUCUGAUAAAGUUCUGGCUCGAUGUAGAGGCUUUCCGGACAUCAGCACAGGUAUGUGAGAAAAGUGAGGCUUUUGCCUAUUCGAAUCACAAGCCGAAGAGUACUUCGUCUGAGGGAUGCGAUGACCUGUCCUACUUCAGUGUGGAUUGUGAUUCUGUGUCCAUGAAUUCAUCCUCGGAGCGAUUUUCUGCAGCCGGGGAUGAGAUUUGUGAUAUAAGGAGGACAGAAGAUGAAAAAUCCAUGGUUUCGGAUGACUUGGGUGGGCGUCUUAGUAAAAUCACGGAAUUUAUUGCGAAUCAGGAAGAUAGUAUCCUGACCAGUUACUCCAAUUUAUGUGAUAUCUCCAUGGGGCAGCCUGGGGAGGAGGGUACAAGUGCGAGUGGGCAGGAGGAAGCAGCUCUAGAGAGAAAGCGUCAGGGGGAGGAGGAAAUUACCAAAGUGCAGAGAAGUAUCGCAACGGAUGCUGUUAGAAUCUUCCGGAAGUAUUUUACCAGCAACUCUGCCUAUUGGAUUGAUAUUCCUCCCACGAUUCAUGCCCAAAUCUCUCUGGCCCUGUGCACAGAUGGUUCCACCCCUGUAUCCCCAUAUUGCUUCGAAGAAGCCCAGAAACUCAUCUUUAGACGCCUCGAGAAAGACCAUCUCAAUGAUUUCCUGGACAGUGUCUUCUACUGCAAAUACUGCGUGGAUGUCCUAACCAGUGACAACCUCCAGCUGCGGGAUAUUCUGUACAGCGAAUCCGCCUUAUUCUACUUCCUGGAAUUCCUGGAGCAGGAAAAUCUCCGGGAUUAUUUGGAUUUCUGGGUAUCAGCCACAAAUUUCCGGCGUCAAUUCUGUGACAGUGGCGACCGGAUGGUGUUCACCGAAGCCCAGAGCGAUGCAAUGGUGCUGUAUGAGAAAUACUUCUCCCUCCAGGCCAAUACUUCCCUCCAAUUCUCAGAUACAGUGAGAUUUCAUGUGGAGGAGAGGAUCUGCUCCCAGACAGAACCAAUCUUCACGUGCUUCGACAGGCCAGUCCGGAUUGUGGAGCACUUCCUAGAGGCCAAUCAUUUUGCAGCAUUUGCAAAGUCUCAGCUGUUCUACAAGUACCUCUCGGAACUCCUCAAUCGCAUCCAGGAGCACAGGAAAGCCACAGGUGAGGCAAAGAAGAGCCACAGAAAGACCCAAUCUGACUGUUCGAGUGUCAACACUGCCCGAUCACUCAGUAUUUCCGCCCAGAAUACUCUCUUAGCCAUGGAGACGCCCCAGAAGCAUCGAGCUAUCCGAUCAGCCUCGACGUCCGACAUGCAAAUAGACGCGAGACAUAUCAGUGAUCCGGAUUUACUCUGGAGGCGCUCGUCGCUCUCUCACGGCCUCAGUUUUGGGCGCAUCAAUGCUUUGGGGCGCUACGAACGUGACUUCGAGAUGGACAACGAGCAGGAGGAACGCUGGAGUCUCUCGGCCGGCGGCACUAAACUCAAGAAGGCCAUGAGGAAGCUGGUGAAUUUGCCGGAGGAGAAGGUGCAGGAGGAGAUUGCGUGGCAGGUGGCCGAGAUGAUUAUUAAGGAUGUUACAAAUGUUACUCAAAAAAAUCAUGACACGGAAACGUGAUGUCUGUGAAUCUCUCUCAAAAUCUCUCUCAUUCCUUUUUAUCUUUUUUUUUUGAGUAUUUUUUUACCCCAGGAAUGAAUCUCUUUAUUUCUUCCUCUGUGUAAUAAACUAAUUUUGCAAUAAUUUUAGCAAAUAUUUUAGGUUUUGUCCCUCGAGAGAAUUUAUGUGAAUUGUUUCAGUGACAAAUGCAAAUUUUAAAAGUAGCACUCUAGAGACUUGUAGAUGUUAUUUUUUGAGAAAAUGAGAUAAUAAAUUAAUAUAUUAUGAAAUACGAUAAA